AUGUUCGUAGGUGACAAGAGGUUGGUGGCCAUUGUUACGCGAUGCCAUGCUCAUUUUCAGAAUGGCACGGCGAGGCUGCAACUUUCGUCAUUUCUGGAGACUGUGAAGGUUCUCAUAAUUCCAACAGAGCCGGGUUUCGAAGAAUCCAUCAGUGAUUUAUUGAGACACAACCUUUCACCUCCAAAGCAAAUUUGGUUGCCGCCCAUUUGUCAAUUGGUCUUACUGGAAGCCGAAGAGGGAUUGGCUGCUGUGGAGUGGUUGCCUCGGCUCACUAUUCUUCUAUCCCGAGGAAUUCACGAUCGGAUUCAGUCUGUACCGCUUCACAGUGAGAAACAGUCUUUUUGGAAAAAGCGCAACUUGGCCACGUUGUCAAGGGGGCUCUCGACAAAAGUGUCAUCAACUGCCCCCUCUGUCACAGAAGUCAUGAUAAUCUCCAUUAUGGGACGGCUGAUCAGGAAGAUUACCAGACAUUUCACAGACAAUGUGUAUGACUUUCGCCAUGCUUCAUCAGCAAAAGUCGAGUAA